UUUUUUUAUUUAGGCUCCUGUCGCAGCUGCGGCAGCCGGCUCUCCCCACCCCCUCAGAGGCUCUGCGGCCCGCUUCAGGCUUCCCCAGCAGGGCGGUAGCGCGGGGCUGGGCCAGCGGCUGCGGCGGGGCGCGGCGCCGAGCGGAGCGCGGAGGGAGGCCGGGUGGCCGGAGGAUCCCGGCGGCGGGGCGCCCACCAUGCCUGCACGCUUCUCCGGGAGCCGCCCGGGGCGGCUGCUGCUUCUGCUCUGCCUUCCCCUCAGCCUCCCGGGAGGGAGCCCCGCAGAUCUAGCUGUGACACCACAGGAUGCCAAUCAGACUCAAGAGAACUCUUUGACUCGGAUGCCAACUGGACUUAAAUCAUCUCCUGAGCCCAUGACAACUGCACAAACUGUGAACCGGCAAACUUGGGGGGGCAGCAUUUCAGAUCACAUGAUGCUUGGACCUGAUGCAUCUACACCUGGUCCAGAUCUUACCACGCUGGAGUUCAAGCAGGACACCAAGUUGAACACAUCUAAUGGCUUUUAUGUGGAAUAUGAGGUACUCCUUUCUGGUGAAUCUGGUACUGCUGUGGUAAAAAAUAUCACUUUGGAUAGUGCAGUUAGAAUUGAGCUCUCAUGCAAACUGGAUGAUAAAUAUUCCUCUGUGAAAGUGCUUCAAGUGACUUGGAAGAAGGGAAAUGAAACAAUUGGACACAUCAAUAAAACGGAAAAUAGCUGGAGCAUCCAAUUGACAAUCUCAGAUAACAGUAAGCUGGGAAGUUACAGUUGUACUGUGAAGGGUGAAGAAAAAUUCAGCGUGGUAUUUCAUUUACAAGUACCGAAAAUUGACGUAAAAGACAAACCUGUAAUCACUUAUGAAGGAGAUGCAGCUGUGCUGGUUUGUAAAAGUCCUGGUUAUACUCCCAUUUCUUGGACCUGGUACAUGACCAAUGGAAGUGAACAGAUUGCCAUUAAUGACUCUUUGCUGUUGGACAAGUAUGUAAUAAAUAGAAUAUUUCCCAACGUAACCCAACUGAAGAUACUGAAGCUCACCAGUAAAGAUGAUGGUGUAUACUGGUGUGAAGCUGCUUUUGAACUAGGAAAAAGUAAAGGAAAACUGAAGCUUAAAGUUCUGUCACUCAUGGUGCCACUCAAGCCCUUUCUAGCAAUAGUAGCUGAAGUUGUUGUAUUAGUAGCUGUUAUUUUCCUUUUUGAGAUAUAUUCGAAAAGGAGAGAGAAAUGUGCAGAAGUUGAAAAAGAAUUUGACCAAAUUGAGCAACUUAAAUCAGAAGAAAGCAACGGUGUGGAAAACAGUAGCACUAGACACAGGAAAGUUUAAUCCGGUUCCUAGAAAGGAGAUUAAACCUACAGAAGCGGAAAUCAUCACAAAGCUACAGAAGAUAUAUGCAGCUAUGCAUUUUAAACAUCAACCAUGCUUCUACAUAGACUCUUCUACACUUGUGAGAAAUAUGAUGCUUUUAAAAUAGCUGUGAAAUGGCUCAUUUUAUACAGAUAAUGAAUUCUAAUAUACUGCAUAUAGACUCUUGGUGUCUGUAACAUUGAUGUUUGUCAUUUACUAAAAGGCAGUUUGUAUGUGGUCAGAUUUCAUAUUGUUUUGUGACUGAUCUGUUUAAUUUUGUCAUAAAUUAGAACUAUGCUUGCUUUUAUUGAAUGAACAGGUAAUAUAGAAUGGGCUUAUUAUCAAAAAGUGGAUAUUGAAGGCUUGUUAGAAAGCUGGACUUGCAAGAUCAAAAAUGUAUUUCCACCAAAGAAAAUGCCUUUUACUAGCAUAUAAAGCAAAUGUGACAUACAACCAUUUUUACCAAAGAAAUAGUCAAAGGGAAAUCUUUAUCAUGACUUUAAAUGAAACAUCAACAGUUUCGCAACUUUCAGUGAACAGGAAAAUGUCUUCAUUAUAACUUUUGCUUAGCUUUAUUUAAAUCAGAAGGAAAUAUAGGUAUGUUUUGAGUACUUAAGAAUUUCUUUUAAGAUGUACUGCCAUAUGGCUGUGGUGCCAAACUAUUUCCAUAUAGGCUAAGCACUUGAAUACUGUGCAGACUGGGUGUUUUGUCACUAUUUCAGAAUAGAUGGAAGAAGCAAUGGGGGUACAGUAUCAUACCAAAAUAAAAAUGAAAUAAUUCCCUACACUUGCACAAAUGUAGACCACAGGAUGUAUGAGAUAUGCAGAACCAGUUCUGACUAUACUUUAUACAGAACACAGAAAUUUUAAGAAAUUCACCUAUGUGGUUCUUAACAUAUACUGCGCAAUUAGUAUUUCUACUUGUUUUUGCUUAUGGUGUUGCUUGACAAACUCUUACCAGAGAACAGCAAAGGUGUUGAACAACUAAAAAUUCUAGGGUAAUACAGUAAAGCAGCAUGAGUACCACUAGUUCUGUUCACACACAGAAUUGUGGCACUGCUUAAAUUGUGCUGUUGUUGUUGAAGAGUUAGCUGCCAUAAUAAAUACACCAAUUAAUUACAUUAUAUAUUCAGCAACUGAAAAUGCGCAACUAAUGGAAGAACAGGCAACUAAUAGAAAAACAGUUGAUUGCAUUACUAGCCUUUUUUUUUUUUUUGCUAAUCCGAAAGAAAAAAUAGAAUAUCUUUUCUUUCGUGGACAGGAAAAAGUGGACUCUCCAAAAGCACUUUUUCUCCCAACAAAAAUGUAAGGAAAAAAGCAAGCAGCAUUUGCAAACUCCCUAGUCAAGUGAAAAGAAAAAAAAAUAUAAAUUGCAUUGCCUCAAGUGGCCAUUUCUUUUUGAAGACAGAAAAAGGUAAAGGCUAGCAUUGGCUGUUUUGUUAGAAAUGAACAAAAGGUAGUCUGAUCUGUACUUCGUUGCUACUUUUUCACAUUUAUUUAGCAGCUUUAACAAAUAAAGGUUAAAGCUUGAAUAAAAAACAAUGGGAAGUAUAUAAACAUGAAAUGAUUGACUGUAAGGGCUGAAUACCGAUAAAGAUUUCCCUUGAUAAGAUACUAUGUUUAUUAUAUUUUGCCUUGGAGUUUCUAUGCACUAUAAAAGACAAUGCAUUUACAGGUUUUUAUAUGAAUUUCUUAUUGAUAUAACAGUAUUCUUUUUUUGCUACAGUAAGUAAAUGUUUGCAGGUUAAAAAUAACUACUUCUGUAUAUUGAUAGUUCGAAACAUAAUUUUAAGUUUAUCAUUUGUUAUAGAAUAUGGACUUCUGUAGGAAAUGCAGUAGUAAAAAAAGUAAGCUUGCUUAUAGGUCCAUGAAUUGCUUUCUGAAUAAAGCGGAAUUCUUUGUAACUAAAACGAGGCUAGGUACAGUCCAAAAAAGCAUACUAUAAGGUGGGGAGGGGACAGGAGACUUCUAAUCAGAAACUGGAACAACUUGUUUCUGCCUUCAGUUAGCAUUCCUACAUGAUCCUAAAAUUGUGGUAUGAGGUCUUGGCCACCCAUAGGCAUGUUACUUGAAUAGUGUUUUGCCUUAGUAAACAAGGGCUGCAGCAAGCAGGAGGCAGGAACCAGAGAACCUGAACCUUAGAUCUAUGGUGUGUUCCUCCUAUCAGCACUGUAUUAGAGUCAAACUGGCUGCUGAAAUUGUAGUUUGAUCUUGACCUGCUGCCAGCAUGUUCUGCUUGCUCUGUUUCCAAGGGAGUUGGUAUUUUUUGGGUUGGUGAGUAGGCUUAUUCUUCAUGUCUGCCUUGGUUCAGAACUUUUAGGUCUACUCCCCUACAGAGGGGAAUAAUAAAAAAUAGGUAUUAAAUAAUUGGCAUAAGUAACUGGUAUAACUCUAAAGGCAAAACUACCUUUUUUAGUUUUGAUGCCAUGAAAGAAGCUCUAAGGAUCUAUAAAGACAUAUCUCAUGAAAAAUAGUUAACCCAUGUUGUAUAUAUUCAAGAUGUUCCUACUGCAGUUGUUUUUCAUAUCUGUUUUAUUAUGCAAACAUAGCAUUUAACAAAACAAAAAAGGCCAUUAAUAAAAAAAAAGGUAAUUCUAGGCAAAGAGUUUUUUCAUCUCAUUCAAGCCAAAAGAUACCAAAUCAGAGCCAAAAACAGUUCUUAGGUUAUUUCCUUCAAACACAGCAGUUAAAUCAAAGUGUAAGGAUCCACAGUUCUAAUUCUAGUAAGCAAACUCCAUACCGACAAAAAAAAAUUAAGCAUUUGUGGAGGAAAAGAAUUGCACUGAAGUCUUCAAAAGAAUGCUAAAGGGCCAUGGUUCCUAAUGCUUUGACCUAUUCACUGAAAAUCCCUCCACUUGCUGUACAUCCAGAGCAGCUGCAAGACCAGAUUCCUAGUUAAGUUGUACAAAUAUUGGACAAAUUUACUAGAUUGUGAACUUGCAUAAAACCAUAUGAAUAGUUCCUAAGGACCGAGACCUAGGAAUUACCUAAUAGUGGGCCAGGAUAAUUAAGCUAUUAGCUGUAGGUCUGUUGAUGUACAAUCCUGAGAAAGAGAGGAAAAAAGCCAUCAGUAUUAAUGUUGAUACCAAAAUCUGCAUUUGUGUGCACUUGUGUAACUGUUUUUCAGCCAAAGAAAACAAGGUUUAUAUUCUGACUUAUGUAUUUAAAACUGUUGACUGAGCAACUAAAAUUGGAAAUAAACUUUCUAAUUCUAAAAGAAAGUAAGUUGAUCCUGGAAAACUUCACAAGUUUCAAGUAGUUCUGCAGUCCUAUUAUUUUCUCUUCCAGAACAUGCACAUAGAAAAUGCAUUGAACUACAUAUGAAAUAAGAUAAUCAAAGUUCAAAGGCUUACAACUUUUUACCAAAGUGGUCUUUGAAUUGUCUAAAUUUAUAGUUGACAACUGACUGAGCCUGUUUUUGUUGAAUUUUAUAAGACUUCAAACUUCUAAUAUUUGUUCCAUCUUAGCCAAAAUAAUGACUUUUUUUUCUUAAAGACAUUGUCUGGUUUGUUUGUCAAUCAACCUUCCAUUUAAGAAAAUAAAGACUGUAUUAUUUUUUCAUUAGUAGGGUAGUAUUUCCAUCAGCUGACUUGCUGAAUUAUUUUCAAGUUGACAUUAAAAGUUCUGCAACAGUGCCUUGAAGGAAAGAAUUUGUUUACCAUAGUUAAUUUUUUCUCUUUUGCAAUGUUUAUUAAGAGUUUCAGAGGAAAUUUGACAGCAAAAUCUAUUUUUCUAUUGAAAGACUACUGAGCCUACUGCUUUUAUCAUGCUUGCCUUAUUUUACUCUGAUUUUAUACUCUGUGCUCACUUGACUGUUUUGUUUUGCCUGAGCAGUAAGAUGUAUACAGAAAAUGAAAUAUCUUCUCCUAUAUGUUUAAUAUAUAUGCAAUAAGGAGAAUAGUUAUAAGUAGUAUGAAACAGCAAUAUUGUACUUAGAAAUAAUUCCAAUAAACUUAACGAAGAAACUAUAAAAGUGAA